AUGAGGACCAGCGUAUUGCGCCAGGCCGGCCUCUGCCGUGCUGCCCUCGCUGCCCGCCAUCUUCAGAUCUCCUCCAAGCCCUCGGCCGCCCUCUUGAGCCAGGUCACCCGCGCCAUCGCUGUCCAGUCCCUUCCCUCGGCCUCUCUUCCCCGCUUCUACUCGGCCGAGGCCACUGCCCAAAGCAACACUGCUGCCUCCAAUGGCCUCGUUACCCGCUUUGCCGACCUCGCCGCUUUGGGUGUUCAUGAGAACGUUGUCCGCGCCAUCACUCAUGGCAUGGGCUACGAGAACAUGACCGAAGUCCAGUCUAUGACCAUUAGCCCCGCUCUCAAGGGCAAGGACAUUGUUGCUCAGGCCAAGACCGGAACUGGCAAGACACUUGGUUUCCUCGUCCCUGUGAUCCAGAAGAUCAUCACCCAAGAUCCCGACCUCGCCCACAGGUUUGGUGGCAAGAGAGCCCGUUCUGAUGAUAUUCGCGCCAUCAUCAUCUCGCCAACCCGCGAGCUUGCGGAGCAGAUCGGAGAGGAGGCUCGUAAGUUGGUCAAGGGAACCGGUAUCAUCGUCCAGACUGCGGUUGGUGGUACCCAGAAGAACGCUAUGCUGUACAAGACCCGUCAGCAGGGCUGCCAUAUCCUUGUUGGCACCCCCGGUCGCCUGAACGAUCUGCUUUCCGACAGCCACAGCGGCAUCGACGCCCCCAGACUCUCGACCCUUGUUCUCGACGAGGCCGAUAGAAUGCUCGAAGUUGGCUUCAAUGAGGAGCUUCGCCAGAUCAUCAACUACCUUCCCGAUCGCAAGGUUCUUCCCCGCCAGACUCUGCUUUACUCUGCCACCAUUCCCAAGGAUGUUGUUGGUCUCGCCAGAAGCUACAUCGACAAGAACAACUUCGAAUUCGUCCAGACCGUCAAGGCCGAUGAAGUUCUGACCCACGACCGUAUCCCUCAGUACAUUGUUCCCUGCAAGGGUUUCGAGAACAUUUACCCGGCCAUGCUGGAGCUCAUAGAGAAGGCACUCCACGAGUCCAAGACCAACCCCGAGGCUCUUCCUUUCAAGGCCAUCGUCUUCUUGCCUACUACCGCUGAGGUUAUCAUGGCCAAUGCGAUCUUCAAGCGCCUUCAGUGGAAGUUCAAGCACAUUCCCAAAACUUGGGACAUUCACUCCAAGCUCACUCAGAACGCCAGAACCCGUGCCGCCGACGAGUUCAAGAACGCGCGUACCGGUAUCCUCUUUUCUUCGGACGUUACCGCCAGAGGCAUGGAUUUCCCCAAUGUUUCCCACGUCAUCCAGACCCACAUUCCCCCCAACAGGGAGCAGUACAUUCACCGUCUCGGACGUACCGGCAGAGCCAACAAGCCUGGCCAGGGCUGGCUUAUCGUUCCCGACAUCGAGCUCCACGCGGCGAGAAGCAGACUUCCCGGUCUCCCCAUCAAGCGUAAUGACGAGCUCGAGUGCGCUUCCGUCAACGCCGCUGAUUCCGGUGCUGACAAGCACGCCAACUUCCAGCACAUCCUUGACGCGGCGUCCAGACUCCCUGAGGACCUCUUCAAGGACUGCUACUCGUCCUACCUCGGUGGCGCUCUCCAGGGCAUUGAUCGCCAAGCCUUGGUCUAUGCUCUCAACGACCUCGCCAAGUUUGGUUGGGGCUUGCCGGAGCCCCCUGCCGUCCGCCAGAGCAUCAUGAAGCACAUGGGCCGUGUUCAAGGUCUGAGAGUCGAAACCAGAGAACAUUCUAUGCGCCCCAUGGGUAGCGGACCUGGCCACCGCCGUGAUUUCAACUCGCGCGGCCCCCGUCGCCAGUCCGAUGAUCCCUUCGAGAAUGUCCUUCACAGGGCUCAAGAUCUCGAUCGCCGUCCCACCCGUCGCCAGCAGGCCAGCUUCUAA